AUGAGUCUGGAAAUGACACUCAACAUAUCUGAUGUCAGUUCGAGCACUCGAUCGCUACCACCCUCUAGAGCUGUGGAGACCAAUAACAACAGCUUCUUUGGGUGGAAUGAAGAGUGCCCACCCUCUGUAAGUGGGGCCACCUUCCUCGUCAUGGCCUACAGCGUAGUGAUUGCUGUGGGCCUGGUGGGCAAUGCUUGCCUUGUGUUGGUGAUUGUGCGUCAACGGGAGAUGCACAAUGUGACCAAUAUUCUCAUUGCCAACUUGUCGUGCUCUGACAUCCUUGUGUGUGUUGUGUGUCUCCCCACCACGGUCGCUUACACUAUCAUGGACCGCUGGGUGCUGGGCAAGGUGCUCUGCAAGUUCUCACCCUUCGUACAGUGCACAUCUGUCACCGUGUCCUUUUUCUCCAUGGUGCUCAUUGCCCUGGAGCGCCACCAGCUGAUUGUCCACCCAACAGGCUGGACACCGGUCGUCAGACACUCAUACUUAGCCGUGGCCAUCACCUGGCUGGUGGCCUGCUUGCUGUCAUUGCCCUUCUUCUGCUUCCACAUUCUGACCAACGACCCGUACCACAACCUGCCUGAACAGCUGGGGCUCUUCAGUGACCACCUGGUAUGCAUUGAGGAGUGGCCGUCAAACCAGCUGCGGCUUGCCUACACCACCUCACUGUUGGUGCUGCAGUACUGCCUGCCGCUCUCUGUCAUCUUCUUCUGCUACCUACGCAUCUUCCAGCAGCUGCAGCGGCGCAAAGGUAUAGCUGUGCAGCGAGCAUGGUGCCAAGAGGCAGGCCCCAUGGAAGUGGGGCAGAAGGUGCGUGGGGCGUGGCGUAUCAGCGGAAUCCUGGCUGCCAUUGUGGCCUCCUUCGCCUUCUGCUGGCUGCCACUCACCGUGUUCAACACGCUAUUUGAUUGGUACGACCAGGCACUGCCUGACUGCACAAUACACGAUGCUGUCUUCUCCGCAUGCCACCUGGCUGCUAUGGCAUCCACCUGCAUCAACCCCAUCUUCUACGGCUUCCUCAACAGCAACUUCAAGAAGGAGCUAUGUGUCACCAUGCGCCGCUGCUGGUGCCCACGGGCAAGUCGUCACUGGGGCGUGCAUGAGAGCUACGACAGCUCCCCCCUGUCUACUGUGGGCACCGAUGUCACCAAGUCCACUGCCCUGUGCCGCGGCUCACCCAACACCCAGGCCCAUGAGCAUGCCGUUUACGGCUAG